AUGGAGCCUACCAGCAAAUAUGUUGCGCUGGUCUUCGGUGCUAGUGGGAUCUCCGGAUGGGCAGUCACGAACAAUUUGUUCAUUUAUCCCACAGCAUCCACAUUUUGCCGCAUUAUUGGUCUAACAAACCGACCGAUGGACCUGUCAGGAAGCCAACUUCCCAAGAAUGAUCCUCGUUUGGAGAUCUACUCUGGCAUCAACUUACGUGAGGAUAUCGAGACUGUCAAGGAGCAAAUGAAAAUCAAGAUCCCCAACAUGCAGGACAUCACGCAUGUGUACUACUGUGCAUAUUCAGUCGACGUCAUGGAGAUUCGUAAUAUCAACGUCACCAUGACUCGAAACGCUGUCAAGGCGGUUGAUGAGAUCUGCUCAAGUCUGAAAUUUCUGAGUUUGCAGACUGGCACCAACAGCUACGGAGUGGCUGUCUUCCAACAUCAGGACAAGAUUGAGAUACAUCCUCCAUUGAAAGAGUCUCAGCCGCGAAUUCCGUCUCCAUACGGAGAUGAAAUCUUCUACUACGGGCAAGUAGAUGCUAUCGAGGAGUUACAGAAGGGCAAGUCCUGGAGAUGGUGUGAAGUUCGCCCCGAUGCAAUCGUCGGCUUCGUUCCUGGUACGACUUCAAUCAUGACGUUUCUUGAGCCGAUCGCUCUUUUCCUUGCGCUCUGGCGUUAUGUCCAUGGGCCCGGAGCCGAAAUCAAGUUCAUUGGUACAGCUACGAACUACACCCACACCAACACAGACUCAUCGCAGGAUAUUAUUGCAAAGUCUCAUAUUUAUUUAUCGACCGUGAAGCCAGAAGAAUUGAACGGGGAAGCUUUCAAUACUGCUGAUAAUGCAACUCCAGUUUCCUGGGUGGAGCGAUGGCCUGUCAUGGUCGAUUAUUUCGGGCUGCAGGGAACGCCUCCAGUUGAGGGAGCACAGACAACGUUUCCCGUCGAAAAGUGGUGGGAAGAACACCAAGAUGACUACAAGAGGAUGUGUGCCGAUGGAAUUCUGAAAUCUCCAGUGAAGCGCUUGGCGUCGCAGAAGAUACGCCGGCUGAAUGUAACCCUGUUUUGUGCACACGCAGAGCUGCAUAAACUCCAACCUCCUGUAUCAUUCACUACGAAUGGAGCCCAAGUCUAUAUGUGUGCAGCGGGGCUUCCUGGUAAACCCCUCAUAAGUCAGCUGCUCAUUUUCUCAUUUCGACCUUCAUCGGAACAUGUUGACGCCCAGAAGCCCUCGACCAUGUCUCUUUGUCAAAAUUGCCGUCAGCUUGAUCUUGCUGACCUAGUUGAUGAGGAAUACGAAGUUCAGGACAUUAUUCUUCAUUCUUCAAUCGCUGAUAUCGAGAGAAAUGUUUCUGCGUGCGAUUUGUGUCAACUCUUCCACACAUCUAUCACCGAAAAGCUCCGGGUCGAGGGAGUUAGUGUUGACCAAGAGGCUUGGUAUGACACAGACUCGCCGGUUAUCUUGCGGGGCACUCAGUACAAAGAUGAGAAGUACGAGUCUCGGGGACUCUUUUGGGUCAAGGUCCGCUGCGAUCGCCUGAGCCCGAGGGCAUACUGCUAUUUCAGCUUCUAUCCCAAAGACGAGACGACCCGGCUAGAGGACUCCAUCCUAGGCAGACCCAUCAAACCUCCCGCUAAGCAACUCAGUCUUGUGAAAGACUGGGUGCGCGAGUGUGAAGACCACCACCAGAGUUGCCAUUCAGCCCCUGCUACUCUGCCCAACCGAGUUGUAGAUGUCGGUGUCGAAGGAGUGAGGGAGCCUCGGCUCGUUGUGACGAGUGGAGAAGUCGGCCGAUACAUGACAUUAAGUCACUGUUGGGGCUUACAUCCUGUUAUUCGCACCACUAGCGAGACAAUUAAUGGCCACAUCAAGUCGUUGCCAAUGUCCAAGUUACCUCCAACGUUCAGAGACGCAGUCUUGAUAACGAGGUCACUUGGCGUUCAGUAUCUAUGGAUCGACUCCCUCUGCAUCGUACAGGACUCAAAAGAGGACUGGGAACUCGAGAGUGUGAAGAUGGGCACUAUCUACGCCUCUUCAUGUCUGACCAUCGCUGCCUCAGCGUCCGCAGACUCCACAGGGGGUUGCUUCUUACCGCGUUCAACUUCAAAUCACGUUCAAGUUAAGUGUACUCGGAAGACGAACGAUGAAUCGGUGUCUAUUCCCGUAUUCUUACGACCCAGACCUCGUGACUUCAGUCACCUACCACAAAGCAUCCUACAUUCACGUGCGUGGGUAACGCAAGAGCGCCUACUAUCUGCCCGAAUGGUACACUACGACUCUGAUCAACUUCUUUGGGAAUGUCGUGAAUCUCGUCUGGCAGAAGAUGGGGUACCGACGGAUGCAUUCGCAGUGCAAAAGUUAGUGUGGGACGAACGACUUCACCUUUCAUCCCCUUUUGCGCAAGGACGUCUAUCUACAUCAGAAUUCGUGUGGGACUGGUACGAUAUGGUAUCGGCAUAUAGUAGAAGAGACAUCACCAAGUCCUGCGAUCGGCUACCAGCGCUUUCCGGUCUCGCCAAGGUGAUGGAGGAAUGCACCGGGCAGCGAUACCUUGCCGGGUUGUGGAAGUACCACCUGCAUUAUGGGUUGCUUUGGAGGAGAAGCGAGAAUUGGCUUGAAACCCCGUCAGAUGGCUUUCGCGCCCCAAGUUGGAGUUGGGCGUCUUUGGAAGGCGCUGUCAUGAUGCCCGAGAUCGGAAACAUUCUGCCCUCGGGAAACGAGAUGGAGGUGGUGGUGAGGAUUACUCAAGCAGAGACAACGCCACUCGGCUUGGACCCGAGGGGUAUGUUGAAAUCGGGAUAUCUGCAGCUAGAGGGAAAGCUCAGACUAGCCGAUCCAAGAGAAAACCCAGAAUCCCCGGGUUAUCAGAGGUUCUCGACCUAUCGGGAAGAGUUAGCAAUUGAUUUGCUUAAGGAGAAUGGGAUCAUGGUCGGAUUAGCAGUGUUCGACAAGGAUUACUGCGGAAGUAACAUCCCUCUCUACUACUUACAGGUGUCGAGAAGAGUCAAAGAGCCAAGCCGUUGGUACGGGCUCCUGCUAGAGGCAACAAGCCAGCCGCAAGAGUUCCGUCGUGUUGGCUUCUGUCGCACGGAAGAGUAUCCACUUCGAGACUGGUUCGCGCAUGUCGCUGAAGAGAUGGUCACGAUAGUCUGA